AUGUUGCGUCUCGUUGCUGCUCGCCCCGUCGCCCCCGCAGCGACCAAGCGCCUGUUCUCCGCCGCUGCCGGCUCGGAAGUCAUCGGCAUCGACCUCGGCACGACCAACUCGUGCGUGGCCGUGAUGGAAGGAAAGACAGCGCGAGUGAUCGAGAACUCGGAAGGUGCGCGCACGACGCCGUCGGUCGUGGCGAUCCUGGACAACGACGAGCGUCUCGUGGGGAUGCCGGCCAAGCGCCAGGCUGUGACGAACUCGGAGAACACGUUUUACGCCGUGAAGCGGCUCAUUGGCCGCAAGUUUGACGACAAGGAGACGCAGGAAGUGGCCAAGGUCGUGUCGUACAAGAUUGUCAAGGGCACGAAUGGCAAGGACGCGUGGGUGGAAGCCAAGGGCAAGAAGUACUCGCCCUCGCAGAUUGGCUCGAUGGUGCUCACGAAGAUGAAGGAGACGGCCGACGGUUUUCUCGGCAAGCCCGUGACCCAGGCGGUUGUCACGGUCCCGGCCUAUUUCAACGACUCGCAGCGUCAGGCGACGAAAGACGCUGGCAAAAUUGCGGGACUGGACGUGCUCCGCAUUAUUAAUGAACCCACGGCCGCUGCUUUGGCGUACGGCAUGGACAAAGCAGACGGCAAGGUCAUUGCUGUCUAUGACUUGGGCGGCGGGACAUUUGAUGUCUCGAUCUUGGAGAUUUCAGGCGGCGUGUUUGAAGUCAAGUCGACCAAUGGCGACACGCUGUUGGGUGGUGAAGACUUUGAUGAAGAGCUACUGCGGUACCUCGUGAGUGAGUUUAAGAAGGAGUCGAGCAUUGACCUGUCGGGAGAUAACCUUGCAAUGCAGCGGCUGCGCGAGGCUGCAGAGAAAGCCAAGCGCGAGCUCGAUGGACUGGCACAGACGGACAUUAGCUUGCCAUUUAUUACAGCUGAUGCGAGCGGCCCCAAGCACUUGAACAUGAAGAUUACGCGAUCGACGUUUGAGAAGCUUGUGGGCAAGCUGAUUGAACGCACCAUGGGUCCGUGCAAGAAGUGUGUCAAGGACGCUGGUCUGGAGAAGAGUGAGAUUAACGAAGUCAUCUUGGUUGGUGGCAUGUCGCGGAUGCCUAAGGUGCAGACGACGGUGGAGGCAUUCUUUGGCAAGAAGCCUUCAAAGGGUGUGAACCCUGAUGAGGUGGUGGCCAUGGGCGCUGCAAUCCAGGGCGGUGUGCUACGUGGUGAUGUCAAGGACAUUUUGUUGCUGGAUGUGACUCCUCUGUCCCUUGGUAUUGAGACUCUGGGUGGCGUAUUUACCAAGCUCAUUCCGCGCAAUACGACGAUCCCUACCAAGAAGUCGCAGGUGUUCUCUACAGCUGCCGACUCGCAGACGCAAGUGGGCAUCAAGGUGCUCCAGGGUGAGCGUGAAAUGGCUUCCGACAACAAGUUGCUGGGCAACUUUGACCUAGUAGGCAUCCCACCUGCGCCUCGUGGUGUGCCUCAGAUCGAGGUGAGCUUUGACAUCGAUGCCAACGGAAUUGUAAACGUUGGUGCCCGCGAUAAAGCUACGGGCAAGGAGCAAAACAUUGUGAUCCAGUCGAGUGGUGGACUGUCCGAUGCCGAGAUUGAGAAGAUGGUGGCUGAUGCCGAGGCCAACGCCGUCGCUGACCAGCAGCGCAAGGAGCUGAUUGAGUCGAAGAACGAGGCAGACUCGGUGCUGUACACGACGGAGAAGACCCUGGAGGAGCACAAGGAAAAAAUCGAUGCGGAUACGCUAGAGAAAGUCAAGGUUGCUCUAUCAGAUUUGCGUCAAAAGUCGGAGGGUGAGAACACGGAGGAGAUCAAGGCUGCGUUGAAGGAGGUGCAGGAAAUGGCGAUGAAGAUCGGCGAGGCGGUCUACAAGUCUCAGCAGGGCGACAGCGCUGCUGGCAGUGACGAUAGCAAGGACGAGAACGUACAUGACGCCGAGUUUAAGGACAAGAAGGAUUAA